AGUUUCCACAUAUUUCAAAUUCUGACGUCCAUCAUUUAUAACAACUUUGCUGUUUUUUUGUCUAUCAUAUGAAAUGGUUUUGAAAUAAAAAUUAGUUAAACAUUUUAAACUAUCUGCCAAACUAUUUUCCUUCAUUUUAUGUAUCAUAUUAGGAUUUGACAUCAUUUCUGUGAAUCUCGCAUCACUAAUAGGUUUUGUUAUUAAUAUAAUUUGAAAAGUUUUAUGAUAAUGUAUACAAUUGAGGAUGACUUAGUAUUGUUAAGUUUGAUUACUGUUUUUAUCGCUGCAGUUGUUUUUAUUGCAAGUAUCAAAAUUUUUAAGUCAUUAUUCCCUUAUACUAAUGUCAGUGAAAAAAACUGUUUGUACCACACGUGGAUUGAAAAACCUUCAUUUAUAUCAAAUGAUCCACAUGUGUGUAGUGUAUGUGAUACUCUAAUACAUGGAUCUAAUAUACGUUACUGUGAUAGUUGUGGCCUGCUUGUUGAUUUAAUAUGUUUAAAAAAAGCGAACAAGCGAAUAAAAUGCAAACUUAUUAGUACAAAUAAGUCAGCUAAAACAUUUUCUCAUCAUUGGGUCACAUCACUUACAUCAUACCCAGUUAUCUGUGAGCAUUGUUCAGAAGAAGAAUCUGAUAUUGUAGGGAAUUUUUUUCAAUGUAACUGGUGCCAAAGGACUUCACAUGAAAGAUGUAUAUCAUAUUUAGAUGUGAAAUGUGAUUUUGGUAAAUACAAAAAGUAUAUAUUGCCACCUUUUUGUGUCAAAUUACAUAAUAAGUACAAAGUCAACACUUCUAAACAAAUGAUUGAAAAAGUACUUUGUACCAGUUGGCCAAUAUGGACACCUUUAUUCAUUUUUGUAAAUAAAAAAUCUGGAAAUAAUGAUGGAUCUGUAAUAAUGUCGCACUUCAGACGUAUUCUUAAUCCCAUACAAGUAUAUGAUGUUAUAGAAAAUCCACCUGAAAAAGUAUUAUUAUGGUUGAAGAAUUCUACUUUAAAUAAUAUAUACAUAUUAGUAGCAGGUGGUGAUGGAACAGUGGCAGGAGUUCUCAAUUCUAUUUAUAAUCUCAAACUUGAAAAUGAUCCAGCUGUUGGAAUAAUUCCAUUAGGUACUGGAAAUGAUUUAUCAAGAGUAUUAGGUUGGGGAGCAAAUAUUCGCAAUAUUAAUUCGUCGUCUAUAUUGGAUUCAAUAAAUAAUAUAUCAAUUGUUAAAUUUGAUCGCUGGAAAGUAGAUGUAAUGUGCAAUGUGUUAAAGAAAAUUAAAGUUGUUAAUUCAAUAACUAUGUACAACUAUAUAGGAAUAGGUUUAGAUGCUCAAAUUGCUUUAAAUUUUCAUCAAACUAGAAUAUCUCCCUUUUAUUUAUUUAAUAGUACACUUUUUAAUAAAAUUAUUUAUCUGGGAUGUGGUACACAACAAUUUUUAGAACAGCAGUGUAAAGGUCUUUCUAAAAAAAUUGAAUUGUAUAUUAAUGAUCAAAAAAUAACUCUAGCUGACCUUGAAUCUAUUGUUAUUGUCAACAUAAAUUCAUGGGCUGCUGGUGUAGAUUUAUGGAAAUUGGGUAAUAGUGAUGGAAAUGAUUUUGGAGAACAAAGUAUUAAUGAUGGUUUGUUAGAAGUUCUUGGAAUACGAUCUCCAAUGCAUAUGGCUCAAUUAAAAUUAGGUUUAUCUGAACCAAUAAGAAUUGGUCAAGCAUCAGUUAUUCGGAUAAAGUUGCUACAGAAAUUACCUGUUCAAGUUGAUGGUGAACCAUGGCUACAACCAAGCUGUGAAAUUUUAAUUAAAAGUAUAUGUCAAGCAUUAGUCAUUAAGAAAAAUACAUAAUUUUUAUUAUGCCUAAUACUAUGAUUUAAGAUGUAUAAUAUAUACUUAUACAAAUCAAUACUUUGAGUAUAAAUCUUUCAGGUCAUAGUAAUAUAUAAUUGUGAUGGUAUCCCGAGGGGUAUAAAAUAAAGUCCUUCUAUUUUUUUUAUCUUCGAAUAUAUAGUUUUUUUUUUGAAUAGUGUCUCAGAAGAAGUCCAAACAAGUUUUAUAAAUUCAUUAAGUUCCUAUGUUUAUUAAUAAUAUUAGUAAUACUAUUAUCAAACCGACUCAAUUAUAUUUUAAUUAAUGGACUUAUUUAUCUUUUAUGUUAUUGAAUUCAAAUAUUUAUUUGAGAUUUUAUUUCCAAUUACUAUAAAGAUCUUCAAAGCAAAUUUAUUUCAAAAAUUUUAAAACUAUUUCAUUCAGUUAAACUUAUUUUAAAAAAAUGAUACAACCAUAAACUUCUCUCUUGAUAAA